AUGUCACACUACCACCCUCACCAUGGCCUGCGGAGAAAUCUGCAGUGCCACGGCGUCAGCUUCAAGAAGCGUGCUCCUAAGGCCAUCAAGGAGAUCCGCGCAUUCGCUACGCAGGCUAUGGGCACCAAGGACGUCCGCGUCGACCCCCAGCUGAACAAGAAGGUCUGGGAAGCCGGUAUCAAGGGCGUUCCCUUCCGUAUCCGUGUCCGCAUCUCCCGCAAGCGUAACGACGAGGAGAACGCCACCGAGCGUCUCUACUCCCACGUCCAGGCCGUCAACGUCAAGGACCCCAAGGGCCUCCACACCACCAACGUCGAUGACGCUUAA